CCCAUGGUGUAAUGGUUAGCACUCUGGACUUUGAAUCCAGCGAUCCGAGUUCAAAUCUCGGUGGGACCUGCUUGAGAUUUUAUUUUUUUUACUUCCCGAUAAUUAUUUUAUUUUUCGCCCUUAAAUAAAUACACCCGCGCGGAAAUCUGCAACUCGUACGUAUAUCGCAAAACAAUAUGACGCUUGUGUAGACCAGUGCCGAAAUAUCUUUGGGAAAACUUAAUCGGCCGCGAGGCUUGAGGAGAUGGCCGAUUCCGUGGUGGUUAUCAAGGCGAAGCCUGUACGCAAGGUUUUCAAGGCUCCCACGAGAGCCAGCAAGAUUCCCGACGAACUCCUCAACGAUCCUCUACUGAAUUCUGCCGUAGCGGCUUUGCCCACGAAUUACAACUUCGAGAUACACAAGACGAUAUGGAGAAUCAGGGAGGCCAAGGCGAAGCGAGUGGCUCUCCAGAUGCCGGAAGGCCUCCUGAUGUAUGCCACGACCAUAGCUGAUAUUGUCGAAGACUUCACCGAAGCAGAGACUGUUAUUAUGGCCGACGUCACUUACGGAGCUUGCUGUGUGGACGACUACACGACACGAGCGUUGAAUGCAGACUUCCUGGUCCACUAUGGGCACUCGUGUCUCAUACCCGUGGAUCAGACUGCUGGUAUCAAAGUGCUCUAUGUAUUUGUCAACAUAAGAAUUGACAUUUCGCAUUGCGUGGAUUGCCUGAAAGUCACUUUACCAGUUACCACAAAGGUAGCGCUGGUCAGUACAAUACAGUUUGCUACAACGAUACAAGCGGUGGCGACGGAACUGAGAAGGGAAGGUUACGAAGUCUCGGUGCCGCAGAGCAAGCCCCUUAGCCCUGGAGAAAUUUUAGGAUGCACAGCGCCGCAAGUCCGCUGCGCCGAUGCUGUGGUCUACAUAGGGGAUGGCCGCUUCCACUUGGAGGCUGCUAUGAUCGCUAAUCCUAAACUGAGGGCAUUCAAGUACGACCCGUACGCGAAAAAGUUGACCGAGGAGUUUUAUGAUCACAAGAGAAUGCUGAAGACCAGAAACGAGGCGAUACAACGUGCUACAGAAACGGACAAAUAUGCUUUAGUGCUUAGUACUCUGGGCAGGCAGGGCAGUCCUAAUGUGUUGAGAACUCUGCAAAAUAGGAUUGAGGCAUUAGGAAAGGAAAAUGUCGUGAUAUUGCUGUCGGAGAUAUUCCCGGAUAAAAUCAAGCUGUUCAAAAAUGUUGACGCUUUCAUACAAAUUGCGUGUCCACGAUUGAGCAUCGACUGGGGUGUCGCGUUCGAGAAACCAUUUCUCACCCCCUACGAAGGCGCCGUCGCUCUUAGGAUGGCAGAUUUCGACAAGGAUCAGCCGUAUCCCAUGGAUUUCUACGCCACAAUCAGCCGCGGGCCAUGGACCGCUAAUCACAAGGAAUCUGAGUUAGAAAAAACCGAUGCCUGCUGUGGUAAAUGUAAAAUGGAUAAAUAAAUCGAAUAUGUAAUUCAA